ACAACCUCCAGUCUUGUCCUACGUAGUCCUACUAUAGUGCUACUAUACUGGUCUAGUCCUCAUUUCUGUCUCAGUUCCUCCUUUCUCUUGCAAAACCAAGCGUCACCAGACCUUCCCAGAGACGUUCACGCUUCCUCUGAACAGAAGAGAUGUCACGUUCUCGUCUUCCACCCACUCCGGCAAUGUCGGGAGAGUUGAUAGUCAAGGACCAAGUGUCCGUGGAUGCUGUCGACUCAUUUGCAUUGCCGCCAGCUGCUAUGAGUCCGGCCAAGAUGGAAAAUGCCAGUCGCAGGUCAUCCAAGUCGGACCAGUCGGCUUAUUUUCCUGCUUCCCCAACUUCCCCAGAUCUCAAUAUGGGACGCAGUGCGAACCCUCCCCGUCAAACGGGUAUUAAACGACCACUAGAAGACUUUGAUCUCCCACCCCCUCCCACUCGUACCCGCAAAAUCAUCCAAAUGAAGCCCAAGACGCAGACUCAAAGUCAAGCCAAGGCAGCACCCACAACUAAUAAGCCUUCCAAGGAAAGUGGCAAAAGCACCUCAAACAAUAACAAUACGUCUCCUGCCACUUCCAAGAAGAAACAGCCCAGUGCUACGAGCGCUGCUGGUCGAAAGAUUGCUCGCAAGACAGCACAUAGCUUGAUUGAACGGCGAAGGAGGUCCAAGAUGAAUGAAGAAUUUGCAACCCUGAAAGACAUGAUCCCAGCUUGUAGGGGUCAGGACAUGCACAAGCUUGCCAUUUUGCAGGCAAGCAUCGACUACGUCAAUUACCUAGAGCAAUGUAUACAUGAUCUUAAAACUGCGGGUGACAGUCAGACGGCUGCUCCCCAACGCAUGCCACCUGCUCCCCCCUCGCCGUCGUCACCUGAGGUUCUAGGGGAAAUGGCCGGCAGUACAUACUCGGCUUCCGUGUCCCCCGAUAUACUUCCCAGUGGAUGUCCUACCAACGUAACCUCACCGGCAUUUUCGCCUCGCAGCCGUAUCCCCUCAACGAGCACAGCUAUAGAUUUCUCUUCGAUCCUGCCGAGUCCAGCGUUAGGCCCGACCCACCCUUGCGACAGCGCUCUACGGUCGUCCCGUGAAUCCUGGGCAGCAACAUCUACCAUUCCCUCGCCGGUGCUCCAGCCACAGAUUCGUCAUGCGUCUUCAGCAGAGAUGGACCAUGAAGCAUCGGCUGCACUGCUCAUGUUGAAUCGGGAUUGUCGUGGCAGUGUAGGCUCGGUGCCUGAAGAGCAUGUUAAGCCUAUCCCGGGGAAUCGUCAGUACUCCUUACAAGACACUCAAAGGAAGAUCGGGAUGAGUGUCAAAGACUUAUUAAUUUCGUAGAGAUUCAUUUGCAGUCGGCAGCGCAGACCUGAUAUGUAUUAAAAGGAAUCUGUAUCUGGCAAGAAAAGCAC